AUGAGCACAUGCAGCUCUUUCACCAGUAAAAGUGAUGAAGAAUUGACCGCUUCUGGAGGUGAAACUGAAAAUGCACAAGUGGAAAUUGAAAAUGCAUUAGUGGAUGCUAUAGAAGAACUGUAUGAUAAAAGGAUGAAGGCAACUGCCUUACAGGCCGUUAAUAAAAUUUUGUCCAAAUCCGUCAUGACAGAAUUUGUGGAGAAAAGGCAAGAAACACUGGCAUCCCACGCAGAAAAAUAUGUGAAAAAAGGCCAACAAAAAGAGCUGGAAUUGUCUACAAAGCUAAUGAGUUUGCUCUUUAUCCAACUUGGCACUGAUAGUAGUCGGCUAUUUUCAGAAUUAAAACCCACGCUAAUGGCUCGUCUGCGUGAUACUUCGCUGAAUCCUUCAAGUAGAGCUUCAUGUAUAACAGCCUUGGGAUUGUUGACCUUUGUCGCCGCUGAUAGUCCAGAUACGAUGGAUCUUAUGGAGACUCUGGAAGCUUUUUUCUAUUUUACUGACAGCAAACUAGAUGGUAUUAUAUCAGCAUCGCUUUCAGCUUGGUCUCUUCUUCUUUCUGCUGUACAGACCCCAUCGAGAAAUAAGCUCAUCCAUGAAGUAUUACCGAAGCUAAAGAAAUCGUUAGGCCACAAUAAUGUUGAUGUUAGGAUCGCAGCUGGCGAAACAAUUGCCUUAGUUUGCGAGGUUUUAAAUGCCGAUACGGACGAUAUUUAUCCUUUCGACGAAAUUUGUACGAUGCUGGAAGCAUUAGUUGCCGAUUCGAGCAAGCGGCAUGCAAAAAAGGAUAGAGCUCAACAGAGAUCUGCCAUUCGUGAUGUCUUGCAUUAUAUAAGGGAUGGUCAAGAAUUAGAAGAAUGUGUAAAGUUUGGUCAGGAAACUCUUGAUAUUGAUUGCUGGUCAAGGCGCGUACAAUACAAUUACAUUCGAACUAUUUUGGGAGGUGGUACAAAUGCCCAUUUGCAAAGCAAUGAAUUUGUCCGGGAAGUAUUCGACUUAGGUAAGGUGUUGCCAGCAGAUUUUAAAUUGGAGAAAGGAUCGCGUUCAGAGAGGAAUUAUUACAACAGUUUAGCAGCGAAAGCUAGAACUAAAGCUAGAAGUGUACAUAGAGAUAAAAGAGCAGACGUUUAUUAA